AUGCUUUCCCCACCAACUGGUCGAGGGGCCGGGGUGGCCGUCAACCCACCCAACGUAGAGGAAGCUAGCAGGCAAUGCUCCCGAGCCGAGGUCAAGACCAUAGACACGCCCAAUUUCGAUGACCUUGAUACCUCCCGCGUUGGCCUCACCGCUUUCGACGAAGUCCCAAAGGAGAACCCGAGCCUCUAUCCGGAAGCGUGUCCGGGCCGCCACUAUCCCAUGACCUGGUUCACCGAGAGCGGCUUCCUCCCCACAAGCCUACACGGCGUAACGGAGGAUGAGAUGCGGGGACGGAUUAAAGAGGCGACGGCUGUACUCAAGGAGCCCCGUACCGACCCCAACUUGUACCCCGCUCGGAGAAGGCAAGGCCGGCAGGGCAUCCUAUCGGCUGACAUGUCGGCCCGGGAAAAGGCUCGGACAAGCAAUCGCGUUGCGGCGGAAAGGAAGCGCGCCCGAGAGGCUGAACACCGAGAUUUCUGCAUGGUCAGAGUCGCGAGGUUGGAGGCGGAGAUGGCGUACCUCAAGGCCCAAAUCAUUCUCCUUGGCGGGGAUCCCACAGAGUUCAACCUGCUCCCGACCUGGUUCACCAACCAAUUUGCCGUCCCCGUCAACCCAACCGCCCCAAAGGUGGGCCAAAAGGCUAAGAUUGCCUGUACCAAACAAGACCCCGAGCUUGAGGAGGAAGGGGGCGGACUGAAUCUUACGUAG